UCCAAGGCCGAAGGCAAGGCCCUCUUGUUGCUACCUCUGCCUUUUGUGUUUCUGAAUUCUGACCACGCUGAGGCCAUGAACAAUUCGAAACUAGCGCACUUGAGAUGGUAGAAAUCUGUGCAUCUGAAUCAAAAUCUGCAGACCUAGGCUAUGGCAUCGCUCGAAUAUAGUACGUGCUGAUGCCAGAUGUUGCGCCCACGAUUGAUGACUGUACAAUUAUGUUUUGUUGUUCAACAAGGGUAGCCAACCUAAAACAAAACAAAGCCAGAACUAGUAGCAUUCUCUGCACAAAAAGUUAUUGACAAGUAGCCAUGCACAUAUAUACUACCAGGAUGAUAUGAUCCACUACCAUCUCUGCACAGUUUUGUAAGCGAUUGAACCUAUUUGACCAACUGCUACACUAGCUAAGGCGGCACAAAUCCGUUUAUAAAUUAAGUAUAUUAUUAUUGUCAAAUAAGAAAGAGCACAGACGAAAGAGAAUCCUACUCGAUGUCAUGAGCCACGACUCUCAUCUGACCAUUUCUCUUUGUUAAUUUGAGCUAGCUUUUCUGAGGAUGUCACAGAAAGGAGGAGCCCUGAUUUGCCUAACAAACCAUAACAAUAUGAGAUAAGAUUUGAUGAGAUAACAAGAUCCCCUACACUAGUGCCGUAAUCCACUGCUGACACCUCUACCGCGUGACAAAGACCCUUGCUAAGCAAUAAUGACCAUGCUUUCACUGCACAAACUGAACGAGAGAAAAAAGGUUUAGGUUAGAUACAAGAAGCAAAAUAAUAAGCAUCCAAGAUGCAACAACCAAGAAAUGUACGAUAUGCUUGUCACGAGUCACAGACACAAAAGGACACCAUCCAAUUCAAUCAUAGUAGUAUUUGUUAACCCAAACAGGAGCUCUGGUCCACCUCAUCACCAUUUCUUAACUCUAGCUAGCUACAGCUCCUCUGCUCUAAUCCUCCAUCAGUGUCACCAUUAGCCAUUAGGUACCUCAGCUACAUUGCUAGUCUAGUUCCAAGUCACGAGGGCAGAGCAAAGAGGCCAAGAAAGGAAAGACUCGAGCUGGAAUGAAUGGAAUGGACAAUCCGCGAGCUUAAUUAGUUGGUAGCGAGGAGGUUCUUGGCGCGAAUCCUUGAGGCGCCUCGGGAGGGGAGGCGUUGGAUUGUAUGGAGAGCCAGCGGGUGGUGGUGGUCGUGGAGGACGCGGCCGCCGCCCGGGCCGCGCUGCAGUGGGCCGUCGGCAACUUCAUCCGCGGCGGCGACUCCAUCACGCUGCUCCACGUCUGCCCGCCGGCGCGGUCGCGGCGGAAGCGCCGCAGCCUCCGCCUCGGCGGGUUCCAGCUCGCGCUCGCGUUCAAGGACCUCUGCAACGGCAUCGCCGAGGCCAAGGUGGAGAUCGUGGUGACGGAGGGGGAGCUCGGGGAGACGGUGGUGGAGACGGUGAACCAGCUCGGCGCCACCACGCUCGUCGUCGGCCUGCACGACAAGAGCUUCCUCUACAGGGCGCCGAGCCCGUAUGUUGGAGUGAGGAGCAUGGGGUGCAGGGUCCUCGCCGUCAGGCAGCACGCCACCGCACGGGACGGCUUCUUGAACGCCGACCUCACCCAGAUCGAGACCAUAAGCUUGCACAUACCACCGCCUAAGAUCCCGUUCCCGAUGUUCACGCUACCAUUGGGCGUGAUAUGGAGACGAAGAUGGAAGAGGAGAAAGUGACACGAAGAUGGCAUGCAGGCAGGCAGGCAGGGAGCUUGGUUCAUCUGGAACAGCAGCCUGAGGCAUCCUGACGGGUACAUACAUACGUACACGCACACACAGAUUAAGGGACAGCAGCAGAUUGACUUGUAAUGACAGUAGCGGCACCGCAGAUGUAGAAGGAUAUACUCCAAUCUAAACCAUAUAGUGAAUCGACACACGAAUUAUGAAAAUUAUAGGAAUCACUCUCAUGUGCUUUUAUGUUU